AACACGGCGGUCCGUCUCGCUUUGCGCACGAACAGAUAUAAAUAAUAAUAUUAAGAAGGAAAAAAAACACAUUUAGGGUUUCUUUCCUUGAAUGGAGUUCUAUCUUCAGAUUUGAUGUUCGUAUUACUAUCAGUAUUCAAAAGCAAGGACUAGAUUGAAGGGUUGGCACAAAACUUGAAUCCCUCUUGUCUCCUUUGCUCCUCUGAUGGGAUCAUUAUUGAGCUUGCCAAUUAGCAAAACUCAGGAUGGGGAGCUUUCUGAGUUAUCUCAAAAUGAUGCCUGCAAGAGGCAGAAAAUGUUAUCAAGUUACUAUGAUGGGAACCCAGGACUGAUCCCCAGACUCCCAGAUGAGAUUUCGCUGCAGAUCCUGGCAAGAUUGCCUAGAAUUUACUACUUGAACAUGAAGCUGGUUUGCCGGAGUUGGAAGGCUGCUAUCACCAGUCGUGAAGUUUAUCAUCUGAGAAGAGAACUUGGGACGACUGAAGAGUGGCUGUACAUACUGACAAAAGUUGAAGAGAAUAAGCUUUUGUGGCAUGCCUUAGACCCUUUGUCGAGAAAAUGGCAGAGGUUGCCACAAAUGCCUUAUGUUCUUAAUGAGGGAGAGCCUAAGAGGGUGUUGUCUGGGUUUCGGAUAUGGAAUGUGGUUGGUUCCAGCAUCAAGAUUGCUGAUUUUAUAAGAGGCUGGCUCUGGCGGAGGGAUGCCUUGGAUCAAAUGCCUUUUUGUGGUUGUGCUGUUGGAUCUGUUGAUGGCUGCCUCUAUGUGUUAGGGGGUUUUUCUAGAGCUUCAGCCAUGAAGUCUGUUUGGAAAUAUGACCCUUGCAUCAAUUUGUGGCAGGAAGUGAGUUCCAUGACCACUUCUAGGGCCUUUUGCAAGACAGCCCUGUUAAACAAUAAAUUAUAUGCUGUCGGUGGCGUAAAUAGGGGUAGAAAUGGCUUAACUCCUCUACGAUCUGCUGAAGUAUUUGAUCCCCAAACUGGCAUGUGGACACAGUUGCCGAGCAUGCCUUUUUCCAAAGCCCAGGUGAUACCUACUGCUUUCUUAGCUGAUAUAUUGAAGCCUAUUGCCACUGGGAUGGCUUCAUAUAGGGGAAGGUUAUGUGUUCCUCAGAGUUUAUACUCAUGGCCGUUCUUCUUUGAUGUUGGAGGUGAGAUCUAUGACCCUGAGAAUGAUUCAUGGGUGGAAAUGCCUGCUGGUAUGGGAGACGGUUGGCCUGCAAGGCAGGCAGGGACAAAGUUGAGUGUAGUAGUUAACGGGGAGCUAUAUGCCUUGGAUCCUUCUAGCUCUUUGGAUAGUGGUGAUAUAAAGAGAUAUGACCACCAGGAGGAUGUUUGGAAAGUUGUCAUACGAAGGGUCCCUGUUCAUGAUUUCACUGAUUCUGAGUCCCCAUACUUGCUUGCUGGUUUUCUUGGGAAGCUCCAUGUUAUUACAAAAGAUGAUGAGAAUCAUGUUGCAAUAUUGCAGGCUGAUUUGCAGAAACAUAAGCAAUCUUCCCCUUCAACUUCUUCAGCUCCUCCAGCCGACUUCAGACCUGAGGAUCCUGUUUCUGUAGUGGAUGAAGUAACAGACAUCUGGAAGAUAAUUGCUUCUAAGAAUUUUGGGGCAGCAGAACUUGUUAGCGGGCAGGUCCUUGGUGUUUGACAACUUCAGGAGUUAUGCCAUCCAGUUCCAUCUUAUAGAUGCUUCUUUACUUGAGGAGUAGGCAACUGAAAGUCCAUUAGGUGGUGGUGAAAAGCCAUUUCUUCCAAGACUUUGAUCUGCAUAGAAUGUUUCAUGUACAGGGAUAGCAUUUCUAAUAUGAAUAGCAAGGGCUCGUUAGAAGGUUGGACCUCCUGGAAAUCUUAUAGCUGUAUCACUGAGAAAUGCAGCUACAUGAAGUUUUAAACCUUGCUCACCUAUUGCGGAAGUCCUGAUAAUGCUGGCUGUUUCAUAGUUGUAGUGCAUGGUGGCAUGUGCUCUUAAUCUGCCUUAGACACCUUGGUGUUGUCCAAGUUGGUUCAUCAGGUUUAGAUUUAAUACAAUGAAACCACUUGUUCUUCAAUUACAGGGGAAUACAAUUAGUUAUCUUCAGCAUUAGUUACUCUGUCGUUAUACUGUGUAUAUAUGCAAUCAUUUUCCUGCAAGAAUUACCAAACUUGAGAAGAGAUUGUAUAUUUUCUGCACAGUUUGGCUUCCUGCUAUAGUGCUCUUCUUUAAUGCAGUUACUCUUGA